GUUUGUGUUGCCCGCCUUCUGAUUGAUUCUACUCUAUUUGCUUGCACUUACACUUACACAAUUACAUAAAACUCAUAAACUAUCGUGUUAAUAGACUUCACACUUUUAACGCGAUUCCUUGUUUAGCCGCAUGAUCCCAGGACACGGAAAGAAAAAUAAGCGAAUCCACGAACAGGUGCAUACGGGAACGGUCCACUAUUGGAUCACGGACUGGACUGGACUGGAUUUGAGAAAGACAAGGCCAGACAAGACAAAUUUAUUGAUGAAUGCCUGACGCUGGCAACGCUCGCAUAAACCUUUCGAACGACGAACCCGGGAAUCCACGUUUCACAACCCUACCUAAACCUACCUAACCUUACCUUGCCUUACCCCGUCUAAGGACCAAGCUUUUCCCAUGACAAGGUCCAUUAGCUGUAUACCCCGGAUCUGUAUCUUAAAAAGUGACACCGAACUUAAUCGAUCCCACGCGACCCGCGCGACCUGUAACCCGAAACUCAGAACGUAUAGUGCAAAGUCAAAAGCAUCUAUCUAGCCUUUGCUCCCGCCCAAAAUGGCAGACUACACUCGCCAAUCUCUCGACCUCACCUCCCCCCAAACCUUAGACCACGAACGCGAACGGACCGGCAGUAUGUCACUAGGAAACAGCGCUAGCCCCGCGCCUGAAGAUGGCCCUGUUUCGCCGAACGGUACCGGAACCGAAGCUAUCACCAUGAUACCUAGUUCAGUCGAGCCCGAACAACCCAAAGAAGUACAGGAAGUACUAGCUUCAGAUAUUGGUGUUUCCACCAUGUUAAAUAGACUUAAGCAAAGCGUUACAGCAGCUAGGGAGUUUGCCACCUUCCUAAAGAAACGAUCCGACCUCGAAGACCAACAUGCCAAGGGCCUGAAGAAGCUAUGUAGGUCGACACAAGAUAGCAUUCACCACUCCGACCAUAGACAAGGAACGUUCGCCCAGUCAUACGAAGAGAUGCUUAUGAUCCACGACCGAAUGGCCGAAAAUGGAAUACAAUUUGCGCUUUCUCUACAUCAGAUGCAUGAAGACCUACUUGAAGUAGCUGCAGUAGCCGAAAAACAUCGCAAGGGAUGGAAACAGAAUGGCUUAGCGGCUGAACAGCGCUUAGCUGACUUGGAGAAUGCCAUGCGCAAGUCUAAGACAAAGUACGAUUCGCUGGCCGAGGAGUACGAUCGAGUGAGGACGGGUGAAGCAAAACAGGGACCCAGGGUUUUUGGCAUCAAGGGUCCCAAAUCAGCAGCACAGCAUGAAGAGGACCUCUUGCGCAAAGUCCAGGCAGCCGAUACGGACUACAUGGGGAAGGUCCAGACAUACCAGUCCGAGAAGGCAACUAUGGAGUCUACAACACGUCCGGAGACUGUGAAGGCGCUGCAGGAUCUUAUACGAGAAUGCGAUUCAGGCACUACUUUACAAAUGCAAAAGUUUGCCUCAUUUAAUGAGAAGCUAUUGCUUAGCAAUGGUUUAGUAAUAAGUCCACUGAAGAGUGCUACGCAACCGGGUCAGCAUUCUCGGAGUCUAAAGGAAGUUGUUCAAGCCAUCGAUAACAAGAAAGAUCUUGAAAACUAUCUUAUCAGCUUCCAUAGCAAGGUCCCGAUCAGAUCAUCGGAGCCUAAAUACGAGAGAAAUCCAGUCCUCAACCCUCAACAAAAUAUGUCAGUGAAUCAAAUUUCCCAAUUCAACCAGCAACAGCAAAGACCUGAAUCUCAACGGCAAGGAUCCCCUCUCCAAUCUCAGAUGCCACCGCCAGGAUCCAUGGGCUCUCGAACCGGAGGUUAUGAUACGAUAUCGUCCCCGUCGGGGUUUCAAGGUCCGGCUCGGACUUUCACUCCUCCACCUGGCAUCACACCGCCUACGCAACGACCGUCUUCGGGUCCGGGACAUGAGAGAAGUUUUAGUCACGGUGCCAUGCUGAAUCAAGGCAAUACCCAACCCCAACCCCAGUAUAACGCACGAAACUCGAUACAAGCUCCCCCACCCCAAUCACGGUUUAAUGGUGGCAUGGGUGGCCCACCACAACUAGGUGCUUUGCCUUUCCAGAACCAGCCAUCUCGAAAUCAGAGUCCCCAACAAGGUGGAGUGAUGGGCUUCCAACCGCCUCGAAACGAACAGUCACCAGUGCGCUCAGCGUCGCCGUCUAACGCUCUCGUGCCUAAAGGAGAUGCGUCAAUCUCGAGAGGGCCAGUUUUUGGUGUUUCUCUCGAACGGCUUUACGAGAACAGCAAGGGCCCUGUCCCGAUGGUAGUCUACCAAUGUAUCCAAGCCGUCGACUUGUACGGUCUUGCCGUUGAGGGUAUCUACAGAUUGUCUGGUUCAGCAAAUCAUGUGAAUAAGCUAAAGCAUUUGUUCGAUACUAACGAAGACGCACCCAUCCUCGACUUCCGCAACCCGGAGAACUUCUUCCACGACGUGAACAGCGUCGCAGGUCUCCUAAAACAAUUCCUACGGGACCUACCCGACCCCUUACUCACAUCAGAGCACUACGCGGGAUUCAUCGAGGCGGCGCGUAGCGACGACGAUGUUGUGCGUAGGGAUAGCCUGCACGCCAUUAUUAACGCGCUGCCGGAUCCCAACUACGCGACGCUCAGAGCGCUGGCGCUGCAUUUGCAUAGGGUCAUUGAGCACAGCGCUGUGAACCGUAUGAACUCGCAGAAUUUGGCGAUUGUGUUUGGUCCUACAUUGAUGGGGACUGCGCCUGGUGCUAAUAUUGCAGAUGCGGGGUGGCAGGUUAGGGUCGUGGAUACGAUAUUGCAGAACACGUAUCAAAUAUUUGAUGAGGAUUAAAAAUGUGGCGUAUUGGCUUAGACUAAUAGAGGGAAUGAGGAGCAUGUGCGCGGAAGGAGGCCCAUUCGACGAGGCUACUGCGCGUUGUUCGUUACGUAUUCAGGGGAAUGGCUAUAGCAUAGCAUGACAGACAAGCAAGCAGGCGAGCAAGCAUGGUAUAAGGGCGGUGUAGG